UUUCCCCGCGCCGCUGUCCCUGUGCCCUGCCGGACCCCCCCGCGUUCGGCGGCCGCGGUGAGUCAGCGCCGGGCCCGUCCCGCCCGUUCGCCCCCCGCGGUGACUCGGCGACGGCGCUCCGGGUCAUGCUCAGGCAUGUCGGGCCGGGCCGGGCCGGCGCGGAGCUAAGCCCUGACUUGCCUCCUGCUGGCAGCGCUAUAUAAGGCCCGGCCCAGCCCGACUCGACCCAGACACCGCCGCUGGAGCCCAGCGCGGGCUGUACGGGAUACCGAGGCAAAUGUGCAAUACCAAGAUGUCCUCCCUUACGGAUGCCUCCGCUGUCACCGGUUCGGAGCAAGAGGCGCUGGUUAAACCAAAGCCACUAUUGUUGAAGUUGUUAAAGUUAGCUGGUGCAGAAAAGGAUACUUUUACUAUGAAGGAGGUAAUAUUCUAUAUUGGACAAUAUAUUAUGUCUAAACAAUUAUAUGAUGAAAAACAGCAGCAUAUUGUACACUGUGCAAAUGAUCUCCUGGGGGAUUUAUUUGGAGUAACAAGCUUUUCAGUAAAAGAACACAGGAGACUAUAUUCGAUGAUUUCCAGAAAUCUGAUAGCAAUCAAUCAACAAGACUCUACACUUGGUGGCACACCUGAGGAUGAUGCCGGAUCUCAGCUUGAAGAAGAAAAUGUUCUUAAGGAGUCUAUGCAAGAGUUAGAAGAGAGGCAGACUUCAUCAAACGUGACUUCCCAACCAACUACAUCUUCUAGGAGGAGGACACACAGUGAAUCUGAAAAUUCUUCAGAUGAUCUGCAUAGUGACAGAAGAAAGCGACACAAGUCAGACAGCAUUUCGUUGACGUUUGAUGAAAGUCUCUCAUGGUGUGUAGUCAGUGGUCUGUGCCAUGAAAGAAGCAAUAGCAGUGAUUCAACAGAUUCUCUUUCCAUUCCCGAUCUUGAUGCUAGUUCAUUAAGCGAAAACUCUGAUUGGUUUGACCACAGAUCUGUUUCAGACCAGUUCAGUGUAGAGUUUGAAGUUGAGUCCAUUUAUUCAGAAGAUUAUAGCCAUAAUGAAGAAGGGCAGGAGCUCACAGAUGAAGAUGAUGAGGUUUAUCAGCUGACUAUAUACCAGGAUGAAGAUAGUGAUGGUGAUUCAUUUGAUGAAGAUCCAGAGAUUUCUCUAGCUGAUUAUUGGAAGUGUCCUGAAUGUAGCGAAAUGAAUCCUCCGCUUCCACGACAUUGCCACAGAUGCUGGGCCCUACGUGAGGAUUGGCUUCCAGAUGAAAAGAGUGAGAAAUUGGAAAAGAGCAAAUCAGAAGGUUCCUUCCCUGCAGAAUCUGAAGAAGGUUUUGAUGUUCCUGACUGCAAGAAAACAAAAAUGACUGAAGAUAAAGAACCAGCUGUGGAUGAGAAUGAGGAGAAAGCAGUACAAAUUUCCGAGUCACAGGAAAGUGAAGAUUAUUCCCAGCCAUCAACAUCAAGCAGCAUGUUCUUUAGCAGUCAGGAGGACUAUAAGGAACCUGAGAAGAGAGAAAUGCAAGACAAAGAGGAAAGCCUGGAAUCCAGUCUGCCUGUUACCAGCAUAGAGCCCUGUGUCAUAUGUCAGAGCAGACCUAAAAAUGGCUGCAUAGUACACGGCAAAACGGGACACCUCAUGUCAUGUUUCACGUGCGCAAAAAAGCUUAAGAAGAGGAACAAACCCUGCCCAGUGUGCAGGCAACCCAUACAAAUGAUUGUACUAACUUAUUUUAGUUAGGUGGAUGUUGACUGGAAAGCUGCAAGAGAAACUAUUUUUGUAUUCUUAUUGGAAAAUUAGUAUUUUAGGUCUCUUUACAUUUGGUAUGAAAAAUAAUUGCUGACAUAAAUGCACUGGCGUUGUUCAGAGGUUUGCCCAAUAGUCAUAAAUCAACUUGGAGAUUUUCAAUCCUUGUCAGUAGAAAUAACCAAGUCCUGUAAAUCACCUCCCUCUCCAGGUGUUUAAUGGAGGUCUGUACUAUCCCAAGUAUGCUUAUUAUUAACUUAGGAGCAUGAGAGAAGACUUGAACAGGCAAGAUAAAUGAAGGAGGAGUCUCAUCAGGCAAUAUUAGGGGAAUAAUUUUCUGCAGUUGUUUUUGACUUCAGCAGAACAUUGACUGGAAUAAAAAUAGAAAAAAUUCCAUCUUCAUCUGCAGAAACAAAUAAGCUGUGCAGUUCUAGUUCACAUAGACAUUCUUUAAAUUCAGUAGUCUUUCCAAGUCAAACUGUUCUUUUCUAUAUCACAGGAAUUCUGAAAAUCCGUUGUGGGGUGUUUGGUGAACUCAAAAUUGGUCUCAUUGGACCUGUCCUUUACUGCUUUUAGUUCUUGUCCCUUCACUGUACUUUGUCAAAAACUUGGUGAAACUUACCAGUUCUGUUCUCAAGGGGUCUGCUGACUGACUGGGGUGUUCAAGAUAGUUCUCUGGAGCGUGUGUAAGCUCUGGUAUCUUCCUGUGGGAUACGGUAAAAAUCAUUCGGCUGUAUUUCACAUGGAGAGUUUCUGUACCAGUGAGUGAUAUUUAUUCCUUUGGAAAACUAGAUUACAAGAGGAACUGUAUGAUUUUAGCACCUUUUAUUUUUACAGGUAGUUUCUAAUCAUCUGCCCAACAGGGAAUGGCAAAUAAGCAGUCAGGGGGAGUUCCAAGAAUGGAGAUGUAGCCUAAAUGAAGAAAUUGCAUUGUGUUACUAUCCUGCAGGCCAAGGUUCAACAGCUUUCCAAUGCCACCAGUAUAGAAUUGCUGAUGCCUGUGUGCUGGCGCAAAGACUUUUACUGCUAUCAUUACCUCCAGGUAAUGCCUGAAGUGCCUAGGAAAAGGACAUAAAGAUGCCCAGGAGAGACUUGGUAAAUCCUUGGUUGUGACUUGCCUGCAGAGAAAUACCUUCAUAGGUAAAGUCUGAAUUAUUGGGAUCAGUCACAUUUUGUUCGUACAUUUGAGCUUUUUUUUUUUUUUAAAUACCACUAAAAGAUCCUGGUGUGUCUGAAGUUCUAGCAAUUCAUUUUAACUAAACAAAUACAAACCCCAGGUGUAUACAUUUUGUCAGAUUCUUAAUUGCAAGUUUCUUGCCCCUUGCAAUUUGUAAAGCAACAGCAGGUAUCUGGAAGUUCUUGGAAGAUUUUUGGUCAGCAGAAACCCGUCAUGGGUUUUAUGGGAUUUGAUAGUCCUUCAGCUUGAGAUGGAGAAGGCCUUCGGGUAGAUAUUUAAUUUUUUCAAGUAGGGAUGCUAAUAGAGGGCUACCUGCCUUAAUUUACACUUCCUAUUAAUUUUUCUUAAUUUUUGAUUUUAUUUAUUUAACUGCAUUGAGGCUUUCAGAGGCUCUUCAUUGCAUCUGCAGGUGAGACCAAACAGUGGUCUUGUUGUGGUCAGGGAUCUGCAGCUGAGAGAAAACUGUAGACAUGUAUAUGCAGAAGGCUGAAUAACAUGGGGACUGUACUUAAAAAGCAUCAUCUAUAAAAAGCUUUGUCCAUUACACUGUCUCCCAUGUCUAAGGUUUUUCAGCAUGAUCCCUUCUCUGCAGUCACUACCAUGGCUGUGUAACUGCCAUGCAGGGGGAGCAGCUGCCCUUACCCCGUUCCUACUGGGACAAAUUGUACCAUCCCACUCUUGUUAAUCUAUUACAAUCAAUCCCCUUAAGUGAUCUCCAUACUUAAAAAAAAUAUUUCAUCUCUCAGAAAGGGAGGUAUGGCCAGAGUGGUGAUCCUUGCUGUUCACAAUCACUCACCUUUAGGUUUUUUCUUCUAAAGCACUUUCCCAGUAACACUUUCUGUUUUGGCAAAAGAUAGACUGAGACCAUACAGCAUAAUGAAUUUUCCCUUUUAUGCUUUAAAAUUUUACUUCCCUCACACGUCUUCUGUUGUGGAGAAUAGCCCUGGAAAUACCCUCCAAUCCAUACAAUGGUGAGGAAAUGUGGAAUUUUGAUUUCUGCAUCUGCAAAUCACUGUGUCAAAUCUUUUUGCUUCGAGUAUGAUUUUUCUGGCUUAAUAUUAUUCUUAAUGACCUCUAGUGCAACUAGAAUUUGCUUGGCAAGCGGGUGCCUGGGGCCCAGGGGGUGUGUACGUGACACAGACCCCAGUGCUGUGGCCCUGACCCCACGCUGGAGCCUUUGGCUCUGCCUCCCCCUCAUCGCGUGGGCACGAGCAGCAGCCACCCUGUUCAUUCUGGCCUGUAAGCACAUUGCUGGCCUUGGGCAGAGGCACAAAAGUCAGUAAAAUUUUGGUACAAAAGUUGUUGUUGACAGUUGUUGUUACUUGGUGUUUGAGAUCCUUAUUUAAUAUCGCACACAUUUUAAUCUUUAAUUUAUUGCCAUUUGUAAAUAUUCUUGUGCUCACAGUUAAUGUUUUGAGCUCUAAUUUAUUGAAUUAGCCUACUGGCAUAUGUGUAGUCAUAUAAACAUGCUUACUUAAGUAAAUAACAAGAAAAAAUAUUGAAGAAAUGUAGCAUUAAAAUACAGAGAAAUAUUCGGAUUAUAUUCAGAUUUAAGAAGGGCACAGAAAGAUUUAUGGCUUUGUUUCCUUUUUUCUGUCCCUUAAAACAACUUCUGCGUUGCACUUGAACAUUUAUUAGAGAUGGAGCUGGUGCAACAUGAGCACAGUAAGAAUAUUUUGGUGGUGUUUGUUUUCCUUUGGAAUGCUUUUGUAUCCCUGAGUACAGCCAAGGAGCUGACUGGCUGCUUCUGGUGCUGGUAACAUCAGGGGUGAUGGUCUGGAAGAUGCAGGGCAGCAAUGAGAGAUUUCAAGGUUAAUUUGCAAUGGGUGGUAAUGGCUUUUGCUUUUUGACAUUUGACCAGGAAGGUUGCAGGGAAGGCCAGAUGCUGACAGGAUGCAACUCCACAAUUUUCAGUAAUUGUCUUAGUCUCUUCCUUCUUGCCCAUUGUCUGUCUUCCUUCAGAUAGACAACAGUAAUGUAUAAAUGGUGCAAGAACUCUCAUUUAUUCUUUUUUAUGAAGUAUGAUAAACCUACUUAUUGUAUGUACUUAUUUAUUAGUAUUGAAAUUCAACUCUUGACCCAAGGAAGUGAAGUGCAAAGUGAGGUACUUAAGGCUGAAACCGAAGUAGCUGGGUGGGUGAUUGUAUUGAACAUUCACACUUCAAGGUGAUGCUCUUUGUUGAGCAGCACCCCUUGAGUCUUGUGGUAGUGUUCCUAAGGAGCACAUGGCAGAAAUGUGUGCCACCUGUGCCAUGCUGUGCUGUGCCACUCCCAUCAGCAGGUUGAUCUAGAAAGGAUAAAAGUGCUUCAAACUGUUAAUUGGUGAAAAGCAUUACAACUGUUCUAACAGUGUGGCACUCCAUACCUGAGUCAAAGGCUUAUCUUGAGUUACUUGUUGUUUAAAGGUUGCACAAGCAAAACAAAACCUGAGGCCUAAGGUGUCUUUUAAAAACUUGCACUUAAUGAACGUGAAAAAUUGUUGCUUUUAACUAAAGUGUGUGCUUUAUUUUUAGCACAGAUGCACUGAAAGCUUCAAGUGAAUGCCUCUCCAGUGUAUCUGUAUCUAUAUUCUACAUGUAAAAUUUGUCAGUGAUUCUUAAAAAGGUGGUGUCUCACCUUUUGAGUAAAUGUUGCUUUAGCUUAACAGCCUGAUUUUAAAGGACAGUUCUUCAUUGUGAGCCAAAUUAUUGUCUGUCUACAUGAUGAUUACUUAACACCUAAAAUACCAAUAGCUUUUCUAAAACCAGAGUCUUUGUUGUCUGACUACACAUAGCUGGAAUGACUGUUAAACAGAGUAGUUCGUAGUGAAUUGAAAUAACUAUGCAAUUUUGCCACUACUCCUAGAUGAACACGCUUUCAAGAGCUUGUAAUGGUGUGUACCUUCUGGCUACCCAGUGCACGUACAACCACAGUCAGUAACCAUUAAAAUACAAGUAUCCACUCCACUUGCACAGUGCAUAGAUCCCUUUAUAAAAACUUUCAUGUGUGUUGCAUUUAUCUUUUGGUUUUCAGUUGUUCCUUUUCUAGGGAAACUGAGUACUGUGUUCCAUUUAAAAGCUUUAAAUAAAGAUUUCUUUAUAUA